AUGUGGCUUCUCUGCUUAGAAGUGGUUCGUGGGCAGCAGAGCCUUGGACUGGGGUCUGUGGGAUUUUUCUUAAAUUCUCAGGUAAUUGCUGCCAUGGAAACACAACUGUCUAAUGGACCAACUUGCAAUAACACAGCCAAUGGUCCAACCACCAUAAACAACAACUGCUCAUCGCCAGUUGACUCUGGGAACACAGAGGACAGCAAGACCAAUUUAAUAGUCAACUACCUUCCUCAAAACAUGACACAAGAAGAGCUGAAGAGUCUGUUUGGAAGCAUUGGGGAGAUAGAGUCCUGCAAGCUUGUAAGAGACAAAAUAACAGGACAGAGCUUGGGUUACGGCUUUGUGAACUACAUUGACCCCAAGGAUGCUGAAAAGGCUAUCAACACGCUGAACGGAUUAAGGCUUCAAACCAAAACAAUAAAAGUUUCCUAUGCGCGACCAAGUUCAGCUUCUAUCAGAGAUGCAAAUUUGUACGUCAGUGGACUUCCAAAAACAAUGACCCAGAAGGAACUGGAGCAGCUCUUUUCUCAAUAUGGACGCAUUAUUACUUCUCGUAUUCUAGUUGACCAAGUCACUGGGGUAUCAAGAGGUGUAGGAUUCAUCCGAUUUGAUAAGCGGAUUGAGGCAGAAGAAGCUAUCAAAGGUUUGAAUGGGCAGAAGCCUCCAGGUGCCACAGAGCCAAUCACCGUAAAGUUUGCUAACAAUCCAAGCCAAAAAACCAAUCAGGCCAUCCUUUCCCAGCUGUAUCAGUCUCCAAACAGAAGGUAUCCAGGACCUCUAGCUCAGCAGGCUCAACGCUUUAGGUUGGACAAUCUGCUCAAUAUGGCUUAUGGAGUAAAGAGUAGGUUUUCACCAAUGACCAUUGAUGGAAUGACCAGUUUGGCCGGAAUUAAUAUCCCUGGACAUGCAGGAACAGGAUGGUGCAUUUUUGUGUACAAUUUGGCACCUGAUGCAGAUGAGAGCAUUCUGUGGCAAAUGUUUGGACCCUUCGGAGCAGUAACCAAUGUGAAGGUCAUCCGUGACUUUAACACAAACAAGUGCAAAGGUUUUGGAUUUGUGACUAUGACAAACUAUGAUGAGGCAGCCAUGGCAAUAGCCAGCCUGAAUGGAUACCGUCUUGGGGACAGAGUCUUGCAGGUCUCCUUUAAAACAAACAAAACGCACAAAGCCUAA